AAAAGAACAGGCGUUGCACUCGGACCCGAUCCAUGGAGUCGUCUUCAGCCUUAAUCUCGCGACUGCGGACUGCCCCUUAUAAGAUCCCCCUGGCGCGAAGCAACGCAGGGACCGUCUAGAGAGCGUAAGAGACCACGCCGCUGCCUACUCCCAAGGCAAGCUCGUUUCCAGCAUCGUCAGGAUUCAGGACACCUGAACUGUCAAUACUGAGUUCUUGGCAGACGAUGUUCUGAUCUGAGAGCUGUCUUCUCCGAGCGAUCCGUCCAGUUCUUCAUGCCUCUUGACUGAUCGAUCGGUCGAUCGAAGAGGCAUGGAUGUGAGUUUCGGGCCCGAGGAGCUGAUUGUGUGGCCGGCUUCGGUUCUCGCCGGGAUCGUCAUGUGCGCGGCUGUAUACGACUUGACUCGUGAGGUUAGCUCCCAGUGCUUCAAGGGGUACAAUGGGCUGAGCAAAAUGCACAAGAUCGAGUGGAACAAUAGGGGCUUCUCUACAUUCCACGCAUUGGCUGCUGCUGCAGUCUCUUUUUAUCUGCUGGUGAUAUCUGACCUCUUCAGUAAGGACGCUCAUGAUGCCAUCAUAAUUGAUAGAAAAUCGUGGCUUUCUGAUGCCAUGUUCGGGGCUUCUCUUGGUUACUUCUUGACAGACUUGGUAAUGAUCCUGAGGUAUUUCCCUCUCCUAGGUGGAAAGGAAUAUCUCUUGCACCAUGGACUCUCCAUGUAUGCAAUCUCUCUUGCCCUGUUGAGUGGCAAAGGGCACGUCUACAUCCUUAUGGUCCUCUUCACUGAAGCAACAACUCCGUUCGUAAACCUCAGAUGGUAUCUGGAUCUUGCAGGCCGGAAGGGCUCGAAUCUCUACUUGUACAAUGGACUGGCACUGUUUGUCGGAUGGCUGGUUGCUCGGAUCAUACUGUUCGUGUACUUCUUCGCUCAUAUGUACCUCCACUUUGAUCAGGUGAGGACUGUCUUCCCGGUUGGGUUCUACAGCGUACUGACGGUGCCGCCGGUGCUCUCGCUGAUGAACCUCGUCUGGUUCUGGAAGAUCUGCAAGGGGAUGGUGAAAACUCUCUGCAAAACGAAGCAGAGUGCAAGUGUGAAAACGGACUAGACUUUUCUUAGAGAACAAAAAAGGACUAGGCUUACAACAGAAAAAUAUAUGGAGAUGUUGGCCUGUUGUCGCUGCUGCUAA